AUGCCGGGCCGGAAGCACGCCUGCCUCGUGUUCCACGGCUACACGUACAAGCGCUACCAGAUCCUGGCGAACGGCCAGGUCAAGUGGCGCUGCUCCAAGUGGCACUCCGGCUGCAGGGUCUCCGUGAAGACGAACACUGAGGACCCCAGGGCCGGGAUAGUGCUCAUCGAGAACCUGCACAACCACGAGAGGCCCAGGCUGAUAAGGAACAGCGACGGCUUCCUGGAGAAGGCAAAUCGAAUACGUAUCGAUAGGAAGGAAAUAUCCUUUGAUGGUUUGCAAUGGCUACGUCUACAAACGCGUAAGGAUCAACAACACGGGGAAGACCUUCUGGAGGUGCUCGAUGAUCCACAAAGGCUGUAUGGCGUACUGUUUGGUCGACAGCGACGAGAUCAUACUGAGGAACAGCCACAGCCACGCCGCACCAAAGUUCAGGACGCAAUCGGGCCGAUGGAUCAUGCCAUAGUCCACCUGCUGCCGUCGGGCAGAGGCAAACACCCGCUGCUGAUGUUCAACAAGUACACAUUCAGGAGACAGUACGCGCUGACAACGGGCGCGCUGUUGUGGUACUGCUCCAACCGUCACAGCGGCUGCAAGGCUUUCAUGCACAGCGUGGACAGUGCCUACACUUACGGCGACAAAGAACACAACCACCCCCCGCCCCACUAUGUGAGGCAUGACGACGGCACAUGGAUUAAGAUCGGCGGCCCCUUCUUUGUGCCCAGCAAGCGCAAAAACUCACUGCUGAUGUUCGAGCAGUACACAUUCAGAAAGAAGAACAAGCUGGCUUCGGGCUGGAUAUUGUGGUACUGCUCCGACCGCCAUAACGGCUGCAACGCUAAACUCCACAGCUGUGAGGACGCCUACUCCUUCGGCGAUGACGAGCACAACCACCCCCCGCCCCGCUGUGAAGACGCCUACUACUUCGACGAUGACGAGUACAACCACCCCCAGUACGAGAAGCGUGAGGGCAUCUGGAUUAAGAUGAAAGCUACAAAAUAUCCUAUUUUCUGCCUGGGAAACGGAGGCACCCGCUGCUGGUGUACAAAAACUACUCAUUCAGGAAGGCGUCAAAGCUUACUUCUGGCUGGACACUGUGGUACUGUUCUAACCGACACAACGGCUGCAGGGCUAACCUCCACAGCUGUGACGAUAGUUACUCCUUCGGCGACGAAGAGCACAAUCACGCCGCACCUCAAUACGAGAGGUGUGCAGACGGCACGUGGUUUAGUGCACUUGCUGCCCACGCACGCCGGCAAGCACCCGCUCCUGAUGUUCGACGGCUACACGUUCAAGCGGCAGACGCAGUUCGCCUCCGGCAAGGUGCUCUGGUACUGCUCGAACCGCCGCAACGGCUGCAAGGCCUGCGUGAACAGCGUGGGCGACGAGUACACGUUGCGCUGCGCCGAGCACAACCACCCGCCGCCUCGCUACAUGCGCGGCUCCGACGGCUCUUGGAUCAAGAUCAACUGGGUGGAGCGA